AUGGCAGAACCACAAGAGGACGUGCAAAUGGACCCGCAAGAGAUUGAGUUGGAGACACCCCCUUCGGACGUUUUCAUGGCACCGUCAAUUACCAAGUCGGAGAUUCUGGGGGGAAAGUCAUACUCGCAUUUUUCGCCAAUACCGAAGCAAAUUGCGGACAACAUGUCUGGAGAAGUCGUACUAGGUGUGGACGAAGCCGGGCGAGGCCCUGUACUGGGCCCAAUGGUCUACGCCCUUUUCUAUCUACCGAUUGAGCUGCACCACUCCCUCCUCGCUGAUACCCACCACUUUGACGAUUCCAAGGUCCUGACGCCUGAAGUACGUUCCAACCUCAUGCGCAAACUAUGCACAAAAGGCUCAGAUCUCUACGACGCUGGAGGGUGGGCUACACGGUUACUGUCCGCACAAGACAUCUCAGCGCAUAUGCUGUCACCUUCGGUGUACAAUCUGAAUGCGCAAGCCAUGGACGCGACGAUCGAUUUGAUCAAGGGUGUGUUGGCGCAGGGGGUCAAUGUCACGGAGAUCUACAUCGACACCAUUGGCAAACCAGAGAUUUACCAGAGAAAGCUGGAACGAAUAUGGCCUACUAUCCGCAUCACAGUAGCCAAGAAAGCCGACAGUCUGUAUCCCGUUGUCAGUGCCGCGUCGGUGUGCGCAAAAGUGACCCGAGAUGCGGCUCUCGAUGUCUGCUACGAGCCUUACCACAACCGCAACAACGAGGCAGAGCGAGGCACAGAUGUCAAGGUAGCCUGGGGAUCGGGAUAUCCAUCUGAUGCACGGACGACGACCUGGUUGAAGCAGAACAUGGAUCCACUAUUCGGUUGGGGCAGCGAGACUCGUUUCUCCUGGGGUACGGCGAAAGAGUUGCUAGAAGGGAAGAAGGCCGAUGUCUCUAUUGACUGGCCAGUAGAAGACGACGGCAACGAUAUGCGCAUGACCGACUUCUUUGUUGGCAAGAACGAAAGCGUCGGCGAUGAGCUUGUCGAUUGGUUUGGGAAACGCGUUACUGAGGAGAUGGAGGUUUUUUGA